ACAAUUUGGAAGAUUGAGCGCCUGCCUUGAAGAUUUUCUUUCUGGCUAAAUAUCGGCUAAACAUUUUCAAGAAUUUUAUAUGUUUCUACGAAAUUUUUCGUCUCAUUUUUUGUGAAAAGAGGCUAGUAUAAGUUAUCUUGAUUUUCAGUAAAACUGAAGUUAGAAACGUGAUCAUUAUAUGAUCAUAAUUACCAUAAAACUCUACUAGUUGUCUCGAAAUUACUGGUGUUGAAAAAGUAACGACGAGGCAUCGGUACGAUGCUGCCAUUUGUUUGACAUUAAAUUCGAUCUGAUCUUCGAAUUUAGGUGAUUUCCCCCCAAAAUCGUUGUUUCCCGGUAUAUAAUAGGCUCAAAUCUGAGAAUGCCUCUAUACCAAAAGGAGCGUUUCGUCAAGGAACCAACACCUAGUGGUGUUAAAUUGGACGAUGAGGUCUUCUACUGUCCCCAGACUGAUGAAAUCUUUACAGAUUAUGAAAAAUUCUACUCUCGAAUUAUUCUCUGCAAUGCUUUGGUCUGGUCGUGUUCAUAUAGCGGUAAAUCGGGUUUAACUUACGCUGAGGCAGAGGAUAAUGAAAGGAAAUGCCUUGAUACUUUACAAGCUAUGAAUACUAUUCUUAAAAGAUCUAUGAUAUAUUUGGUUACUUUAACCCACCGUCAAAGAUUUAGUGAGGUUGUCGAAGACGUUUAUUCUUUUGUAAAGGAUAGAUAUUUCAUCAACGAAGCUGUCUACCUCCUCUCACAAAAUACAAAGAAAAAAUGUAAGAUAAUUAGCGUUAGGGCGCCGACAAGUAAUCCUAUUAAAUUGGACGAUAGCCAAUCUAAAUCAAACGGACUAUCUAGUGAAGAUGCUAUAGUCAUAAGCGAUGAAGACGAAGAGAAAUUGGCUGAUCACUCAAAGUCCAGUGAAAGUAAAAAGGAAUUUAAGAGCUUACCACCCCGAAAGUAUAAAUAUGAAAUACAAGAAGAAGGCGCAAAAAAGACACAUUUUGUUCGAUACGAUCGUUUAUGCCGACCAAAAAGCGAAUUUAGUAGAGAAAAAUUAAAAUUAGUAUUGAAAUGUAACUGUGAGUCAAAAACUACAGGAAUUUGGAUUGUUAAGGAUAACUCAAGGAAAGAAUAUGAAAUUGAUACUUUGUCUUGGCUUGAUCUUUUUGAUGGACCUUAUCCCCAUUUCGCACUUCCUGUUGAUAAAAUCGAGAAAAAGAAAAUUAAAUCAAAGAAAGUUGAAGAUAUGUCUCUAUCAGAACUUAAAGAGCAUUUGAGUAUGAAAGAAAAAAGAAUGCAAGAGAUAAAAAUGAAUAAAGAACAAUUAAGAGAUAUGCAAAUGCAAAAACGAUUACAAGCCAAAAAUGAAAGAUUAGAAAGGGAACAAUGGCUUAGAGAUUGGGCAAAACCGAGAGAAGAUCUUCAAUGCGAGGACUUGGAGCCUCUUCCUAUUUCUAGGGAAAUUAUACUACCUCACAACAUUCCAUCAGACUUUAUAGGAGAUAUUUUCAGUUUAGUAUCAUGUUGCAUUUUAUUCGGAGAUAUGUUGGACAUUAAAAAUAGUCUAAGUGAAAAGGUAACCGUAGAAAGCUUAUGUAGAGCAUUAACCGUUACGGAAGUUGAUGGGUUAUAUUCCGAGAUAUUAGUUAUGUUUUUGGGCCACCUGUUGACCUUACACGACGACGAUAAUUUGGAAGAUGUUAACGAAAAUAUUAAGAGCUACGAAAGCGAAGACGAAUACAUGUUUAAUGACAAAACGUCCGAUUACGAAUUGAUCGCCACUAAGCGAGGAACAAAAUUGGCCCUUUUACGAUAUAAUCAUUCUAUACAAUCCCUACAACUAGAUGCUUUUACUGUAUCAGAAAUUUUACGUCUACAUUUACUAUCAUCCGGUUGCGGAGAUAAAACCGAUCAGGAUGCUUGCUUACGGUUAAAGAAAUCUUAUCCUAAUAUUUUAAGAUCACUUCUAGAAAAGAAUAUUACGGAAUUCUCCUUAGAAGUCAAAUUGAAAGUAUUGGUUGCUCUCUCUGAACAAUUAUUAGACGCUUUUAGGGAUGUUAUCGAUGAGAAAAUCCAAAAUAUUAGAGAAAUGCAGGCAGAAUUGGUUCAGCUAAAAAAAUUAUACUUAAGGCGUGAACGAUCUGAAACUGCUUAUAAAAUGGAAAUUGCUAAACAAGCAUCAGAUAAUUCUGAAAAUGCCGAUAAAAACUCAGAGAAAUCAGGUGAAAGUCAGGAAAAUUCUCAAAAAGACUCUCCUCAAGUCAAAAGGAGUACAAGGGCUAGAGGUGGAAAAAAAGAAGAUAAAGAAAUCAAAUCUGUUGCCUACCUCUUAGACCAAACUCCUGAAGAAAUCGAUUGGUCGAGAAUAACUGACGAAACAAAGACUGCCAUGAAUAAAGCUCAUAAUGCUCUUGUCGAAGAGCUUCAAACAAAAAUAUUCAAUUUACAAUCGAUCGUUAAUUUACGUCCAAUUGGUUAUGAUCGAACAUUUAGAAAAUAUUGGUAUAUACCUUACGUAAGCGGAAUUCUUGUAGAAGACGAUGGCUGUCCAGACAUGCAGGAAUCAACGUUUAGUGUUGUUGAACAAAUUGGCCCACCGCCCGAAAUUAAAAAGCAAAGAGAGCAAUUGUUAAAAACUAAAUUAGCAGACGAAGUUGCUCUUGUCAAUGAAGAUGAAAAAAAUACAAUAGAAAUAGAUUCAGAACCUUUAAAAACGAUUACCGUUGCGGAGUCUAUUAAGAAUCGUGGAAAAAUUCGAUGGUCCUAUUAUAGCACUAAAAAAGAAAUAACGUCUUUAAUUUCAUUAUUAAGCACCAGGGGAGUUAAGGAACAUGCAUUAAAGAAUUGUCUUUUACGUAUUAAAGAUUAUGUUAUAAAUAACUUAUCGUCCAAAAACUGCUGGAAUCCAGAAGAUAGUAAAAAGUCUGAAGAGGAACCAAUGGAAGUAAAUGAAGAGAAAUCGGACAAGAGUGAAAUAUGUUUAAGAGAUAUGAUUUUAGAUUUAGAGGAUAGGUUAUAUGUCAGUCAGUUAGGUAAUUUAAAAGUAAGAGACAGAGACAUUUGGCGAUCUAAAAUCCUAAAAAAGUCGUACGACGUACAAGCAAGCUCGUUAGCCUGGCACAAGUGUAACGAAAACUCAGAUUUAGUUACUCGUCUCAUAAAAGAUGAGGAGAGUUCAAGAGUUAAAAUUUUGGCUGCCUCCAUAUUACAAUUAGGACAAGCUAUUGAGAAAAGAUUCCUGCAGCGCCCUUUAGGCGAUAAGGAUGAAAAUCGGCUUAAAAAGCAAAAGGCACUGUUAGAAGCCACUUUCAAAGGCACUGUAGAUUCAGCCCUCAUCGAACAAAAUGGUGAAAUAGAAUUGGGAUUACCUUUCGAACGAUGGGAAUAUCAUUUAAUGCAAGCAACAUCGCUGGCUCAAUUGUUUGUUUGCAUUGCUAUUUUGGACAGUUCAGUUAUUUGGGAAAAAAGUGUAUUACAUACUAGAUGUAAAAUAUGCCGAAGAAAGGGAGGUGCAGAUCAAAUGCUUUUAUGUGAUGGAUGUGAUCGAGGGCAUCAUACAUACUGCCUCAAACCACCUGUUAAGAAAAUUCCCGAAGGUAAUUGGUAUUGCCAAGCCUGUAAACCAAAAGACAUAUCCCCGAGGAAAGGAAAGAGUCGUGUUGUCCUGGAAACAGAUGAGGAAGAGGAAAGCGAAGAGGAGAAUGACAGUAUGAAUAGUUCGGCCACCAAUAAAACAGAAGAGAAUGAAGACGAAUCGUCCGAUUCGGAAAGUAGAACUUCUCCACCUGUCAUGAAAAUUAAAUCUAUCGGAAGCAAGAGAAAAUUAAGAAAUAGAAGCAGUCUACCAGCCUCCAGAGAAGGUACACCUAAAGAGAUGUCCAAUCGACGAAGCAAUAGAAACAACAAAAAUAAUGAAAUACAAAGAAGCAGUUCCACUCGAAGCAAACAACAGCAAACGUCAAGUACGGAUAAUAAAAAGGCUAAACCUAAAAAUAAUAAAAAGUCAGAAUCAACCAAUGAAAGUACAAAUGAACUAAGGGGUGGAAGAAAACGAAAACGAACAACUAAUGAAACAAACGAUCAAGAUACACAGCAGGCAAAACGACAAAAAGUCGAAGGAGGUAGAACAAAACGAGGAGGACGUAGGUCUCUUAAGAAAAUCGAAGAGUUAGUUAAUGAAUUCGCUCUUCAUGAAGAUGCUUGGCCAUUCCUUAAACCUGUUAGUAAGAAAGCGGUACCGGAUUAUUAUGAAUUUAUAACUAAUCCUAUGGACGUUAGGACAAUUAAAGCCAAAAUGAAUCGUUUAGAGUAUAAUGAUUCUCAACAAAUUAUUGAGGAUUUGCGUUUGAUGUUGAAGAAUUGUUUUCAGUACAACGUCACCAAGGCUGAAGUAUACAAAUGUGGUAAAAUCAUGGAAAAAUGGCUUAAUGAAAGAUUGAAAGAAACUGAGCUUGCUUAAAAAGUUAAUCAUUAUUUAUUUGGAGGUGCAAAUAACAAAAAAAAUUAGGAUUCUUUGUUCUUUGUCUCGUGUCACUUAGAAUUGUCACACAAGAUUCAUGUACAGUUCACUUUUUUAGCAUUAUAUUAAUAAUGCUAUAUAUGGAAGCGGUUAUUGUAAAGCUGUAAUAACGGUAUAUUUGAUAUUGUAAGAAAUACAGUUUGAAUUAAAUGCC